UUUCCGGCGCGGCGCACUUCGGCAAAUUCCGCCGGUGCUGGUCGGAAAUGGCUGCUUGCCAGCAGGGGGAGCGGAGGAUCCGGCGCGGCCUGGAAGGCGGGCUGCAGGCGGCGAGAGCGGCUUUUGGGAACCCAAGACUCGCGCAGGCGGCGGCGGUUCGUCUCUGAACUGGAAGCCGGUAGGACUCCUGGCGGCUGCGGGAGCCCGGAGCAGCCGGGGCGGCGGUGGCCCGGAAGGGGCUCGUGGAGAGCAAGUCCUAGAGUUCACUAUUUCAAGAAAUUAUAUACUGAAGUGUAAUGCCGCCCGAGUCAGAGAAAGGAAGGACCCUGGACCAUAUGGCCUGAUUGUUGGCAAUGAUAUCAGUAAGAGGCUGGCACUUACUUCUGUUCUAACCAGCUACUUUAUAAGCGUGAAUAGUAACUAUGCAUAUGUGCUGGUCAGCAAAACCAAGGAACAAGAGCUAUGGCAGUUGACAAAGUCUAUCUGAUUCCAGACUGUUUUUCCUGGGUUCCAUCACUGGGGACCUCCUCCCCUCCAUCUCAUCGACAGUGUGGUACCUUUUACCGUUUAAUAAAGAUUAAGGACAUGUUCUUUGGUCAACAACCAGAACUCAAAAUCUGCUGGAGUAGGGUCAGAGACCAUUUCAGUCACAGCUGAGGAAAAUGAAAUUUCCAUUUUAUUUGGUGCCUUGUACCAGGAGCACACUAACUCUUUCGGAAACACGUGAGUGAGAAGAGAUUGUGUUUUGUCUGCUAGAAACUCACGGUUAUGGCGAGUGACCCAACGUGAUCAGUGGGGGCAAGAGCCACAGAGGAACUCAUGACGGGCUAUACCAUGUUGCGGAAUGGGGGCGCGGGGAACGGAGGUCAGACCUGCAUGCUGCGGUGGUCCAACCGGAUUCGGCUCACGUGGCUCAGCUUCACGCUCUUCAUCAUCCUGGUUUUCUUCCCCCUCAUCGCUCACUAUUAUCUCACCACCCUGGACGAGGCGGACGAGGCAGGCAAGCGGAUUUUUGGCCCACGGGCUGGUAGCGAGCUCUGCGAGGUAAAGCACGUGCUGGAUCUCUGCCGCAUCCGUGAGUCUGUCAGUGAAGAGCUCUUGCAGCUGGAAGCCAAGCGGCAAGAGCUGAACAGUGAAAUCGCCAAGCUGAAUCUGAAGAUUGAAGCCUGUAAGAAGAGUAUCGAGAAUGCCAAGCAGGACCUGCUCCAGCUCAAGAACGUCAUCAGCCAGACUGAGCACUCCUAUAAAGAGCUGAUGGCCCAAAAUCAGCCCAAACUUUCUCUGCCCAUCCGACUCCUCCCCGAGAAGGAUGAUGCUGGCCUUCCUCCCCCAAAGGUCCUCCGGGGCUGCCGGCUGCACAAUUGUUUUGAUUAUUCUCGUUGCCCUCUCACCUCUGGCUUUCCAGUCUAUGUUUAUGACAGUGACCAGUUUGCCUUUGGCAGCUACCUGGAUCCCUUGGUCAAGCAGGCUUUUCAGGCCACAGCACGAGCCAAUGUGUAUGUUACAGAAAAUGCAGACAUUGCCUGCCUUUAUGUGAUCUUAGUGGGAGAGAUGCAGGAGCCGGUGGUGCUGCGGCCUGCGGAACUUGAGAGACAUUUGUAUUCUCUACCACACUGGCGGACAGAUGGGCACAACCACGUCAUCAUCAACCUGUCUCGGAGGUCGGACACGCAGAAUUUAUUGUACAAUGUCAGUACAGGCCGUGCCAUGGUGGCCCAGUCCACUUUCUAUGCUGCCCAGUACAGGCCUGGCUUUGACUUGGUGGUAUCACCACUAGUCCAUGCCAUGUCAGAGCCCAACUUUAUGGAAAUCCCACCGCAGGUGCCAGUGAAGCGGAAGUAUCUCUUCACCUUCCAGGGUGAGAAGAUUGAGUCGCUGAGAUCCAGCCUUCAGGAGGCUCGUUCCUUUGAGGAGGAGAUGGAGGGCGACCCUCCAGCAGACUACGACGAUCGCAUCAUUGCCACCCUCAAGGCAGUGCAGGACAGCAAGCUAGACCAGGUGCUGGUGGAAUUUACCUGCAAAAACCAGCCAAGACCCAGUCUGCCUACUGAGUGGGCGCUGUGCGGGGAGCGGGAAGACCGCUUAGAGCUGCUGAAGCUUUCCACCUUUGCCCUCAUUAUCACUCCUGGGGACCCUCACUUGGUUAUCUCCUCUGGGUGUGCGACGCGGCUCUUUGAAGCCCUGGAGGUCGGGGCCGUCCCGGUCGUGCUGGGGGAGCAAGUGCAGCUUCCUUACCAAGACAUGCUGCAGUGGAGCGAGGCUGCCCUGGUGGUGCCCAAGCCGCGAGUGACCGAGGUCCACUUCCUGUUACGAAGUCUCUCGGACAGCGACCUCCUAGCUAUGAGGCGGCAAGGCCGCUUCCUCUGGGAGACUUACUUCUCCACCGCCGACAGCAUCUUCAGUACCGUGCUGGCUGUGAUUAGGACUCGCAUCCAGAUCCCAGCCGCUCCCAUCCGGGAGGAAGCCGCGGCUGAGAUCCCCCAUCGCUCAGGCAAGGCGGCUGGGACCGACCCCAACAUGGCCGACAACGGGGACCUGGACCUGGGGCCGGUGGAGACGGAGCCGCCCUACGCCUCCCCCAAAUACCUCCGCAACUUCACCUUGACCGUCACUGACUUCUACCGCAGCUGGAACUCUGCGCCAGGGCCUUUCCACCUUUUCCCCCACACACCGUUUGACCCUGUGUUGCCCUCAGAGGCCAAAUUCUUGGGCUCGGGGACCGGAUUUCGGCCUAUUGGUGGCGGAGCCGGGGGUUCUGGCAAGGAGUUCCAAGCAGCACUUGGAGGCAAUGUUCCUCGGGAGCAGUUCACAGUCGUGAUGUUGACUUACGAGCGGGAGGAGGUGCUCAUGAACUCUUUGGAGAGACUGAAUGGCCUCCCUUACCUCACACAAGUCGUGGUGGUGUGGAAUUUCUCCCAGCUGCCGUCGGACGACCUUCUGUGGCCUGACAUUGGCGUCCCCAUCAUGGUGGUCCGUACUGAGAAGAACAGCCUGAACAAUCGAUUCCUGCCCUGGAAUGAAAUCGAGACAGAGGCCAUCCUGUCUAUUGAUGAUGAUGCUCACCUCCGCCACGACGAGAUCAUGUUUGGGUUUCGGGUGUGGAGAGAAGCACGGGACCGCAUUGUGGGUUUCCCUGGCCGUUACCAUGCGUGGGACAUACCGCAUCAGUCGUGGCUCUACAACUCCAACUACUCCUGUGAGCUGUCCAUGGUGCUGACAGGUGCUGCCUUCUUCCACAAGUAUUAUGCCUACCUGUAUUCUUACGUGAUGCCCCAGGCCAUCCGAGAUAUGGUGGAUGAAUACAUCAACUGUGAGGACAUUGCCAUGAAUUUCCUCGUCUCCCACAUCACUCGGAAACCCCCCAUCAAGGUGACCUCACGGUGGACGUUCAGAUGUCCAGGCUGCCCCCAGGCUCUGUCACACGACGACUCGCACUUCCAUGAGCGGCACAAGUGUAUCAACUUCUUUGUCAAAGUGUACGGCUACAUGCCCCUUCUGUACACGCAAUUCCGGGUGGACUCUGUGCUCUUCAAGACCCGCCUGCCCCACGACAAGACCAAGUGCUUCAAGUUCAUCUAGGAGCCUUGCACCUGUAGGGAGAGGAUGAGCAGAGUGAGGGGGGCGGCUCCUGAGGUCCCCAGACACUGCAGGACCUCGGGGGUGCCCAAGGGGCCGGGGGGGUGGCCCAGACCCUCUGCUGGGAGGAAGGGAGAGCCGCCUUUCUCUCGAAGUCGGCCACACUGGGCCCGGAACCCUGGUCCAGGACACCGGGGUUCCCCACACAGGGCACUGAUGAUAGCUUACACUGAGGACCACGGGGACUCUGGAGAGUCACUCACGCAGUUCAUAAGCCCAGGAGAGCUGGUUUGUGGUUUUUCAAUUCACUAACCGCUAUUAUUAUUAUUAUUUAAAAAGGAAAAGUUUCAGAUUUGCCAUUCAAGGCUUAUUUAUAUAGUGUGUGUAGAUAUACAUAUGUGUGUGUAUAUAUGUAUGUGCAUGUGUGUAUAUAUAUAUAUAUAUAUACGUGCACACACACACAUAUACAUCUAUAUAUACUCGAGGGGAAGUUUGAUAUUUCUGCCCCUCUCACUGCGUGGUCUGUGUUUUGGCGGAGAUGGAUCCUGGCCUUGUGGUAUCUGGCUCAUCCUCACAGGUCAUCUCUGUCCUCCCCAGGGGCCUCUGUGCGCAGAAACAGAAAAGGGUGGCGGGGCCCCCUUACGGGUCUGGCACCAGAUAAGACACGUCGGCUCGUUCCUCCGCCCUUUCUGUGCCAACCAGCGCUGUGUAGCUCAGCUUGUCCUCUCGCUCCAGGACUCACUGGGACACCUGCACCCUUGGGGGCAGCUGAGCUUCCCCGUGUGUGGGGCUUGGUGGGUUUGAGGGCCCACCCAGCCUCUCCCCUGUUGGAGAGCGAAGACUGAGGAAGGACCGAGACCUGCGGAGAGAACCCCCCCCCCAGGCAGCUCUUUUUGUUCAACCUUCCUUUUAAAGACAUUGCUGUGCUUUGACUGCAGACUUUGCUGAAGGUCUCUGGGUAAGAGAACAGAAGCCUGGCGGGCUGCACUUGACGUGUGGUCUGAGUGGUUGCAGGUCGGCCUACUCUGAACAAGCGCAGAACAAGUGAGCAUCCUUUGUGGUCCCCACCCGGCUGGCCGGGCAGUCUCUCAGCAAGGCACCUGCCUUGGGAUGAUAAGUUGGUGAAAUUCACCUCCCCCCCACCCCUCUCUGGACCUCCAUCCUGUAGCCAUUGGGUCCCUAACGCUGGGUUGGUUCCAAGACCCCAUGAGGUUUGGUGUGUAGCAGCUCGAUGGGAGGACAGGAUUUUUGAGGUGACGUCAAAUCCAGCCUGAAACUGAACAGGCGUUCACACCCCACCCACAUGACCACUUUCCACUCGGGGUUUCAAUCCUGUUCACUGGGCUGAAAAAGAAGUAAGCUAAUUUCUAAAAAUUUUUUGGUGGUGGCAGCAGUAGGGGAACCAAAGAAGGUAUUAGUGGCGUUUGGCAGGGAUUUAGCCCAUGACCUCUACCAUAUUUCUGGACCCUACUCUCCUCCAGUGAAGUUGGGUCCAGGAGGUUCCCCACAACUGACUGAACGGAAGCUCAGGUCUGUCCUGGGCACGCACAUGCCUUAACCAGCCCCACCUUCCCCGGCCCUCGACGUGCUGUGCUCCUCCCGGGGCUGCAGCCUCCCUGAGCUGCCUGCACCAGAUGGGUUCUCUACAAGUAUCAUUUUGAAGCCAGGCUCUGUCCUGUAGCUAAAACCGCCUGUAGGGCCACUUAGCCUAAGGGACUCUCCCCGUGAGCAGACGGGGACCAGGACUCUGUCUUCCAGACUUUGUCCCCCUGGCGUCUUCUAGUUCCUCUGCUGAUGUGGCUCCUUGCUGCUGCUCAGCAACCAGCCAAGGGGUCCAGGCCCCUGCAUCCUAACUACCCUUCCUUCAACUGUGGACUUUCUUCCUUUUAGCAGUAGCCUUCUUCCCUUUGGGAAGCCAAAGAGUGUGGUGUUUUGAGCUAUAUAUGUGGCUGCUAUUUUUAUCUUGUCUCUCUUAAUGUGAGGAAUCCCUAGACUGCCUCUGAUGGGCCUGGCAGGGACGAGCAGGCCGGGCCCUGCGGUGGAGCACUGGUGGAGUGUCUGAGAGGAUGGAUGACAUCACAGGGACAAGCAGGACCUGAAUGGGACACUGACUUGAGGGACUCUGGCGGGAAGGCUCCAGUGGACACUGGCCCUGUUCUUAAAGGACACUUGUCACAGCAGGGAGGCAGGGCACUCCAAGCUUUCAGGAGCUUGGUUAGGUGCCCAGAGGACUUGCUUUAUAGGGUGGAGCCGAGAGAGGCCCAGGUCCAGGCUUAGAACGCCUUUAUUGCUGAUCAGUCACUGUGGGAACCCAUAUGUCAUCUGUGCCACCUUAUUGACUCACCUGGGGACGAGCCCCCAAAUGCUUGUGGGCUUCCUCACUGUCCCACUAACACCUGUUGCCGCCGUUGCUCCCAGGGCCCAGCGCAUGCGCGCCCUCUAGCUGGCCGCUCUGCUCUUCACCGAGAGAGGCGCCCGCAUGAGGGGGAGCUUCCCCAAGGUGCUCAGCAGCAUUCUGAGCUUCUGCACCCGUGCACUGGUCCUCUGUCGGUGCAGGCCAAGCACCGAAGCAGCAGGUCCUUUCCAGGCGCCGCCUGCCUGUGCGUGUGCUCGGGAGCUCCUGUUGGCAGCAGCGACGUUCAGAAGGGGGGAGCUCUCUGAUACCCAUGCCAUGUCCACCCACCCCACCCACCCCUUUCCCAGUCAUGAGCACAAUGGUCUUACGUUGGAUUUUUUGUAAAAAAUAAAAUGGAGACUUUAACUCAA